AUGAAAGACACGUAUCCAUUGCCCAUUAUUGAUGGCAUUUUGUCUCGAUUGCCAAAGGCAGAAUUCAUAACUAGUUUAGACCCUAAAGACGCAUUCUGGCAAAUACCAUUGGAAUUGUCUUCAAGAGAUAAGACUGAUUUCACGGUGCCUGGAAAACCGCUUUAUCAGUUCAAGGUUAUGCCAUUUGGGCUAUGUAACGCACCGCAAACAUUGUCACGACUUAUGGAUCGAGUAAUUCCAGCACAUCUUAAGACACAAGUUUUCGUCUACCUGGACGAUCUGUUGGUAAUUUCAGAAUCGUUCGAGAAACACAUUGUAGUUUUGCGUGAAGUUGCCAAAUGUAUUCGUUCAUCAGGACUGACCAUGAAAAAGUCUCCGCGAUAA